AUGCAGCGACAAGAGCCACACACCCAGCCACCGCCGCUGAUCAGGCCGCGCCCACAGUAUCAGCAGGACGAGCAGUAUCGACGGAACCAGCAAUAUCGCCAGCAACAGAGCCAGAAGCUACAAGAGAAACCCACUACCUCGUCUCUCUCUCCGCCGUCCAGAACCACCACAGCCCCUCCUUCUCCGAGCGCCGAACAGUGCACAUACUCGUCUUUGAUGAGAGACAAAUGUGUCUACGAGGUUGAAGCUGGUAUGGAGAAUAUCAACAUCGACGAAGACUGGAUCUCUCGAAACGGCGCCUUCGCUUGUAUCUGGGCCCUGACUUACAAGCUGGGCGACACCGUCUCUGAGUCUGUCGAAGUUCCCGCGAAGCAUAACACGAGAGGAUAA